UAUAGCUUUUGUCAGUUUCAGGUUAGUCUUUGGUGCUUCAGUUGGAAGACACCAAUUUUUUAGAUUUUGAAACCUGUAAAACAUUAUUUUUUUGUAAUUACACGACGGUAAAUUAUUUCUUACUGCUUAGUGUAUUCGUUUUCAUGGAAAAGGACAUUCAAGUUCUUAUUUGGAGCCGGAUAACCAGCUUUCAGAGAGUGCUUAUUUUGUGACCAAGUGACUCGUGUUUAUUCCUCAUGCUGUGAUAAAUCGGCAUUAUUUUAAUUCGACGAUGGACAUCGACGUUAGUAAAGAAAAUAUCCAGCCCCUUAGAGGUGGCAGAAACCUCAUGCAGUUGGGUACUGCUCUACAAGCUCAGUCGGAUGUUGAUGCCCAAAAACAGCUGCAGCAGCAAAAAGAGGAGCACGAAGCGGCAAUAAGGCACUAUCAGGGCCCUGACCCUCUAGACCCAUGGUUCAACUAUAUCCAAUGGGUUGAGCAGUCUUUUCCUAAACAUGGGCAUGAGGGUAAUAUAGAUAAACUUAUCAAAGACUGCUUGCAAUUAUUUGAGAAGGAUGAAAGAUAUUUUCAAGACAGAAGGCUUGUAAAACUAUGGAUUAAAUAUGUUGAUUGCCUUUCGAAUCCUCUGGAGAUAUACCAGAGGUUGUAUAAUACUGGGAUUGGUGUGGAAUGCUCCGAGUUCUAUAGAGCUUGGGCUUGCUAUUGUGAGGAAUCUGGUGAUUACAAGAAGGCUAACCAGGUGUACAUGCUGGGGCUGCAAGCCAAGGCCCAGCCUUUGGAUGAAUUGGAACAGGCUCAUAUGAACUUCCAAUUAUUUUUUGCCCAAAGAAUGCUUCAUGAUGAUUCUCCAACUAAAAGGAAGGCAGCUUCAGCUUUGGCUGAGACCAGAAUGGCGUUGACUUCACUUAAGUCAUUCAAAAGGCGCAAUAUUGCCAAUGUGCCCGUCCAAAGGGUCGGUGAAAGCGUCCGGAGUAAUAUGCCCGGUGUUGUGAGACAACAGCCUAAUCAUUUCGACAAUAGAAUGCCACAAUCAAAUGUUAUGGUCAAUGUUUUUGAGGAUGCUCCAUCAACCUCACAUUCAGGAAUACCUGUUGCUGAAAAUGCUGGGCCUGCUUCACUGGUGCAAGCCUGUAAUGUUGAGAAUGAAAAGGAAGUUGGAAUAUGGACUAAUCCUAAGACUAAAAUGGUGCAUACAAAUCUAGUACCUCAUCAACCACUGCCAUUCACUCCAUAUGAAGAUGAAGAUGAUGUCCUGCGGCUUCCAGCGAAUCAUAUGGCAUACUGUGCUGAAGAUUUGUCAUUUAAUGUGCCUCUAUGUGUACCUGAUCCCCCAGACUCGACCAAAAUACCCUGUUACAAUAAAUCCCAGGUUUAUGUUGAUGAUCAAGAAUAUAGUUUAGAAGAAAUUCGUUCUAGAAAAUACAACCUUGUUAGAACAGUAAAGACUGAAAUGUCUCCUCAAGUGAAAGUUGAGCAAAAUUAUAAUAACAUAAACGAAACACUGGCCCAGUGUAGUGCUCUGGAAACCUUGGCCAAUUGUGCUUUAGACACUGAGCAGGAUCAUUUAGGACAAUUGAUGCCUUUGACUAUGCCAACCUUGCAAAAUAUUACGAAAGUUACAAAUAUGCAUUCUCCUGGUGAGCCAAAGGUUCUGGUCAAUUUGGAUUCAAAAGAAUUCAGUGAACUCAGUGUCAAAAAACAUGAUGACAGUCAGAAGCAACACAGUUCUGACAAAGAAAACCAAGCAGGCAGACUUGACCAUUAUGGUAACGAGAAUGCUGCUGGUAACUAUGGCAAAAAUAAUUUGAUGGAGGAAUUUAACAGGAGUCUGAUGGGCAACCUCCUUGGUGACUCUGUAACUGUUAACACUAAGGAAGCGAGAUGGGAGCUUAGAAACUUAUUCAAUGAUAAUGAGCCAUCAAUGGUUCAGCCAGUUGUACAACAGUUUGAAGUUCCAAACUUUGACAUUCAUGAGGAUCGCUCUAUCACUAUGGCCAUGCACACCAAGAAGAAACCAGAAAUACCAGAUGUGAGAACUCUGCCUGAGGACAAGGAAAACGCCAACAAGUUCACUGUUCCAGUGGCAGCACCUCAACAAAAUGUUAAUAGGACAGCAUACUAUGAAGAGCCAUCUUGCACCCAAGUGUUUAAUUUCAACAUAAAGGAUGCAAGCACUCCAAACAUGUCCCAGUUUAAGAAGCCAGCCAGCCACAUUGAUCAGUCAAAAUAUCCUUCUGUGCCCAAAUUUAGCAUAGAUGAGAGUGUGAUUGAACAUGUAGAUGCCAGUGCUAUGAAGAAGGAUGACAAUUCGAGACAGCUUGGGCCUGAUCAGCAUGCCACAGUUGACAACCAAGGUGGUGGUCUGUCGGUGAUCAUGGAAGCUACUAGAGAAUUUAAUAGUAAAUCGGGAUCAAGUUCCUCUGGACAAUCAACAAGAACUAACUUCACUGGGUACACGACAAACUACGAUUCAAUGUAUAAUAAUCACAAUGAUCCGUCACAGCAACCCACGACUUCUAAGAGAAGCUCGUUUUCUACUCAACCGCGAUUGCCUAGUGGUCAAUUUGCUAGAGUCUAUCCCCAAAAACGCGAGCAACCGGAAAAUAAAACUCCCGCCGCGCCUACAGCCGUGCCUUAUCUCUCCCACGACCACCAAUACCAAAAGCCUAUGCCCUCGGGAUACAAUGGAUACUCGCCACAGAGAUCGAUGCCCAAUCAUUAUCAACAAAAUUACCAACAAGGCUAUCAGCAGGGAUACCCUAGCAACCAGAUGAUGAACCAACAGCAGCAAGGUUAUGCUAGCCCCGGCCCAAAUGCCUACAACAGUCCCCAACACCCAGGCAUGCAAAGUCCUCAUGCAAUGAGUCCUUCUGUUCCGCCUGGAUUCCAAAGCCCGACUUACUCUAACCAAGUGGGUUACCACAGUCCAGGUCACCCAGUUAUGAGCCCACAACAGUCGUACGCGGGACGACAGGAAUAUCAUUAUCCAAAUCAACCAGAUAGGCAGCAUAUUUAUGCCAAUCAGCAUCAAAAUCCUGCCGUUUUCCAAAGCCCACCACAUCAGGCACAAUAUCAACAAAAUAAUCAAUACUACCAAAGGCCUAGUCCGGCGCCUGCUGCGCAAAAUCAAAGUUACAACCAGCAAAAUUAUCCCAACAUGCAUAAUCAGUACAAUAAUGCCAAUAUGUAUCAAAACCCCACACACUCUAGCAACCAAAAUUAUAGUGCAAUGCAGAGCCCAUACAGACAACCUCCAAAGCCAAUGCCUGAUAAUCAAGCUGCAUAUGCAAUGCAGAAUAACCAGUCAUUUCAAAUUUACCAAAGUCCUCAACAACCUCAGCACAACAGCUAUCAGAAUGCUGCUGCUCAUAAUAUCAGUAUGCCUAGCGAAGGCACAGAACCACAACAUAAGUCUGAAACACAUGCCAAACCAGAAGCUGAACAAAAGUUGACACCUCCGACUAAAAAUGCCGGUCCGCAUAAAAGUCCGACUUCAGCUUUGCGAAACAUAAGACAUGACCAGCCUAACGUAAAGUUAGGCCAAAAUUCGCCUGAUAUUGGAUUUUCGAACCAGUUCCUCAACUUUAUCUCUAACAGAAACGAACCAAAGGAUAAUGCAAAUACUCCUAAAUUCACCAACAGUCCAAGCAUUUCUCAAAAGAUGCAUAAAAAUCUGUAUGUGUCAAGUCCAGAACAAGCUCAAAUACCACCUUCAUCAGGUCUUUCAGAUUCUGAUAGCAAAGAUGGAAUGACAGCUCAGACUGGGACACCUAUCCAAUCUGCCAAGGUUGCUUAUAGCAUCCCAGAGAAACAAAAAGAUAUAUCCAAGAGACAACUAGAUUUUGAGCACAGAGGCGAUUUUCAGUCGGAGGAUAGUAGAGAUUCUGUGAGUAAAGAAAGCAGGAUCUCUUCAGUGUACUCCAGACAGUCAGACUUCCAGUCUGAUGGCUAUGGCAUGGAUGUAGAUAGUGAGAACUCUAUGGAAUGUGCGGCUUUUAAAUCUACGCAUUCUAUAUCUUUAGUAGAAACUAGUGACAUACCUAGACCAGCGGAUAUUGAUUUCCCAACAGUUAUAGAUCCAUUUAAUAAAAAAAUAAUCUCAUCUCUGUUAGAAUAUGUCAAAUUCCCCAAUAAAACACACGCCGACGGGUACAUAGAAGUGAGAUCUUGUCCUAAGUUGCAGCCUGCCAGUAUGGUUAGCAUUGGAAACAACAGGUUUUCAAUUGAAAAACAACUUGGAAAGGGAAACUAUGGUGCAGUAUUUUUGUGCCUUGACGUCCACAGUAAUAAAUCUGUAGCUGUGAAAUAUCAAAAACCUAGUCGUCCAUGGGAAUUCUAUAUUUGUCAAGAAAUCAAGGCGAGAAUAAAGGAUCCAUUUAUGCUUCCUGGGUACAUGGACAUUACCACUGCCUUCUUAGGUGAAAAUGCGAGUCUUUUUGUAUCAGAAUAUUCUAAGUAUGGAUCUUUACUAGAUGUUGCAAACAAAGUUAAAAUUGCUACCUCAAAAUGUAUAAAUGAAUUUAUAGUCAUUUUACUGACUUCCGAGAUGCUGUCCAUUGUCCAUUAUCUCCACAAAGCUCAAAUUAUCCAUGCUGAUAUCAAGCCAGACAACUUUUUAUUGAUGAAAAUACCCACACAAGAAUGGAGAACUCCAUCAUUGCAGCUAAUUGAUUUAGGGUGUGCUAUAGACAUGUCACUAUUCCCAGAGGGAACAACAUUUAGAGAAUUAAUCGCCACUGAAGGAUUCACAUGUACAGAGAUGAGGGAAGGCAAGCCAUGGACUUACCAAACUGACUUGUAUUGUCUUGCGGGCACUAUACAUGUGAUAUUGAUGGGAAGUUACAUGAAAGUAGCCAAUCGCUUAGGGCAAUGGAAUAUAGACAAGAAAUUGCCUAGGUACAUGAAGGUGGGCUUGUGGGACAAAGUGUUCACAACCCUCUUGAACGUGCCAGACUGCAAUAACAUACCGGAUUUAUCGGAUCUCAAGAAUGAGGUGGAUAGCAUUUUGAAUGAAAUUGACAACCUUGGAUCGCAACUUCGAAACUUUGCUAAUGUGCUUAAAUCUAGGUAAAUAAAUAAAUGAUCCUUAUGUAUUUAUUGCAUUUAGAUAUAAAGGCGAUUGUAAAAAAUAGACACUUGACUAUGUAUUAAUACCUAUAGACUUACAAAUUAUAUCUUAAGAUUUAACGACCUAUUGAGCCCUUCGCCAGGUUAAUAAAAUUGCUCCUCUUCGACAAAGCAAUAAGUAUUAUAAUAUCAGAAUCUAAUUAGUUACUGUAACUUGUCUUGUUGUGUUUAGUUAAAAUUGUGAUAUUUGUGAUUUUAGUUUGUUUUGUUAGCAUAAAAUAAUAAACUUGGCUUAGAAUAUAAACUUGUUAGCUUAUUAAUGUUGAUGCAUUACAACCUAUUUACCCUAGGUUUCAUUUAUUUUUGUACAACUAAAUAAGACCUGCACAUUUCAUAUUUCUUGUUUGAAUUGUAAAAACAAAUAAACAAUUAC